ACUUGAAUCCAAGCGAAGCUAGCGUGAAUUGUUUUCCUCUAUAAAAAAGUUCCUCUUCUUCUUCCUCUUCGCUUCCACGCUGAAACCUUGCAUUGUAGCAGACAUGGUAGCUUUCCUUCAACUUCGAUUUUCACCACGGAGGAUGCUCUCUCCUCUACCCUGACAGGGUAAGCAAACAUUUCAUGAAAUUGAGGACUACAGCUAAUACUAGACAACAAGCUUGUUUUGCUAUGAGGGAGUUCACUAGGGGUGAAGAGUAUGUAACCAUUGGUGAAUUCCCUUCUUCCAAGACUAAUCACAUGAAGAAAGUUUCAGUUCUUCCUCUUGUGUUCCUCAUCUUCUAUGAGGUUUCAGGGGGUCCUUUUGGUGUGGAGGAUACUGUGCAUGCUGCUGGUCCUCUGCUGUCCCUGCUUGGCUUCUUGUUGUUCCCACUCAUAUGGAGUGUUCCUGAGGCUUUGAUUACUGCUGAGAUGGGUACCAUGUUCCCUGAAAAUAGUGGUUAUGUGGUUUGGGUUUCAUCUGCUUUGGGUCCUUAUUGGGGGUUUCAGCAAGGUUGGAUGAAAUGGCUGAGUGGGGUGAUAGACAAUGCUUUGUACCCAGUUCUGUUUCUUGAUUAUCUUAAGUCAGCAGUCCCUGCUGUAGGUGGUGGCUUACCUAGAGUUCUUGCAACCUGGGGUCUUACAAUAAUUCUUACUUACUUGAACUAUAGGGGUUUAAUCAUUGUGGGAUGGGUUGCUGUUGCUUUGGGGAUUUUCUCACUCCUUCCUUUUGUGGUUAUGGGGUUUAUGUCAAUUCCAGACAUAGAACCUUCAAGAUGGUUAGGGGCAAAUCUACAUGAUGUUGACUGGAAUUUGUAUUUGAAUACUCUAUUCUGGAAUCUUAAUUAUUGGGACUCCAUAAGUACUCUUGUUGGAGAAGUGGAAAAUCCUAAGAAAACUCUUCCAAAAGCAUUGUUCUAUGCUGUGAUCCUAGUUGUUCUGGGAUACUUCUUCCCGCUUCUAAUUGGUACCGGUGCCGUUCCUGUCAAGCGUGAGUUGUGGACUGAUGGUUACUUCUCGGAGAUUGCUUUGAUUAUCGGAGGAGUAUGGCUGAGAUGGUGGCUUCAGGCUGCUGCAGCAAUGUCAAACAUGGGAAUGUUCGUUGCUGAAAUGAGCAGCGACUCUUUCCAGCUGCUGGGGAUGGCUGAAAGGGGAAUGUUGCCUGAGUUCUUCAAGAUAAGGUCUCGCCAUGGAACCCCUCUUAUCGGAAUACUUUUCUCGGCCUCCGGUGUUCUCUUACUGUCAUGGCUGAGUUUUCAAGAAAUUGUGGCUGCAGAAAAUUUCUUGUACUGUCUUGGAAUGAUUCUGGAGUUCAAUGCAUUCAUUUUGUUGAGGAUCAGAUACCCGAACGCGCCUCGACCUUACAAGAUACCAGGAGGGACAGUAGGAGCAGUUCUUAUGUGUAUCCCUCCUACAAUACUGAUUGGUGUUGUGCUGUAUUUCUCCACCCUCAAAGUGUUGGUUAUAAGCCUCAUUGCUGUGGCGAUUGGCCUUGUGAUGCAGCCGUGUCUCAAAUAUGCGGAGAAAAAGAGAUGGAUGAAGUUCUCCCAGAAUUCUGAGCUCACUGAUAUAAAUGAUGAGGGCUCUCAAUUGGUGACUUAAUUUUUUCUUGUUUAAAAACAAUAAUGUGAAUGAGAUCUACUCUUUAAGGUUUUUAGCAUAAUAGUUAAGUUUCAAUCUUUGAAGUGCAGUUUGUAUCCCAUGCUUUUGGCACUUAUAGCUGUUUGUCUUUGUUGUUUGAUUAUAGUUGAGAUGACAAUUAGAAACUAGGAAGCUAGUAUUUAGAAUGUCUUGGGAAAUAAAUUUGUUUGGUUUCCCUGUAUGAAAUCUGUUUUUCAGAAAUUUUAUAUAUUUUGAACAUUCACAAAA